AUCUAUAUUUAUUUUAUGUAAAAUUUGUCUUUCGCAGCUUAUCGUUUCGAUAAAACAUUCUGUCAAAAUUCCAUUAGUUACUAUUAUAUUUCGGAUAAUUAUUUUUGUAAGAUUUUUUCGCAAAUAUACAAAUGAGUUCGUGAAAAACAAUAAUAGGUGGUACAAAAUAACUCGAUAUUAUUAAAGCCUGUGAAUACAGAUAUGUCAGCAUUUAAAAAAAUGUUCAAUGUUUUACGGUCAAGUAAAGGAGAGGGUAGCUUAAUGGAUAUGCGAACAAUGAGUGAUAAAAGUUUACAUUCCACGUACUUGGGUAACACAAGACCGAGCGUAUACACAUUUCAUAAUGAUUUCGGCGCGUCAUGUAGAUCCUCGCCUUUGGCAACAACAUCCGAAGCAACGCACAUUAACUACGCUAAUGAGUUAACCAAUUGGCGACAAAUGGAUCCCAAUCAAUCGGUAAUGCCUUUUUCCGGUAAUUCUAUGUUGCCAGGAUAUUAUGGUCAAUAUAGUUAUUCGGAACCAUAUUCUACGAAUAUGCCAUACCAAAAUUCAAAUUUUGGUUACCCCAUAAUGAAUGAAAAUCAAAUGAUGGUACCGGAGAAUCCACUAUAUGCGGAAAAUAGAUUGAUGGGUGCCGAUAGUCCUCUGCCGACAAUGCACAAUAUGACAACUUUGGCUGAACCUAGAAAUCAAUUUGUCAACUCACGCUCCGAUGCGUUUAGAUCCAGUAUGGCAGCUAUUCCACUAGAUAAGUUGAAAAGAAUGCGCGCAGCGAAAGAUUUAUACAACGUUUUGAAUUACUUGGAUAGCGAUGAGACAUUCUUAAAGAAAACGAGCAAAUCUAAUAAAUCCAAAAAAAGUAGCAAACUAUUUUAAACUUGAUCUAAU